AUGCCAAAAGAAACGAAAGGGUAACAAAAAGGUGCAAGAUCCAAAUAUGAAACAACCGAACAAACUGAGACAUAUAGACAGUAGGACGCUAAAGAAAAGAAAAUUCUGGGACCUAAAACCAAAUUAGAUUUAGAAAAAUUAGAACCAUACUUCACUCAAAAUAAUAACUAUGUUGGAAUACAAGACAAUAGUACAGCUGUGGCGUAUUCUCAUCCAUUGGAUAGAUUGGGCAUCGUGGAGAAUGAGUACUGUUAGAAAUGCAAGAAGGACAAGGGAUUCUGUCCACACAAGAAGGACACUCACAACACCGUCAAGGAUCAAUUCCAAUUUCCAAUAGUCAGCUCUGCUGAAAUCGGAUGGAGAGAACCCAUCGACAAUGUGAAUUGGGGAUAUGGAGUCAAGUAGUCCUUCCCAAUUUUCAAUGCAGACUUCAGAAACACGACUAAAAAGGAGGAAAAGGAAAAGAAAUGA